AUGGACGUAAAGUGUUCAAACAAAUGGUUAGACGGUCGACUAACUAGGUCUUCGCUCGUUCUGUCGACAGUGCGAAUCGUAGAAGUUGGAUAUUUGAAAAACGUGAUGAAGCAGCCCGGGCGUUUCGUUCUGACGUCGUUCCAAAAGUUUUGCAUCAGAUGGAGCGUGCUUUUCGAUUCAUCUUCGGACCGUCUAUCCAGGACCGAAAGGGCGUUGAGGUCUGUUCAGUUUUCGAUGAUCAUGAUCACGUCGGUGAUGACCAUGACUUCGGUGUUGAUCGCCGACAACAAAAAAGCGCUCGAAUCGUUCACGUACUUCGUGAUAUGCGUGUUCAUGUUGGCCAUCAUCACGUUCGCUAUCCGGACGAAACGUUUCAACCGGACCAUGCUACUAAUGAUCAUUGACGAGUUCCCCGGUUACGAAAGGCCCAUGCCGGAAGCGCUCAAGCGCAAGAUGUCAGCAAUACGUACGUCCUACGGCAAAUUCACGAUGAAGAUAAUGAUCUCGUAUCUCACACUGGUCUUGUUUGAAAUACCAGCCACGGCUAUGGUGCCGCUGACGGCCGCCAGUCUCACCGACGUCAAACUAGGUUCACAAAGCACGCAAAUGGUGGUCCUAUGGUUCCCAGGCGACACAACUCAGAUUAGGACAUAUGUGUUUUCGUUUGUGGCACAGAUUUUGAUCGUUAUGAUCGUAAAGUUCAUCAUAACCGGCAUUAUGUGUUCGUUUUCGUUUUUCGUCAAUCAAAUGAUAACCGAGUUCCAGAUACUGUCUGCCUACAUUAAACAUGCGAUUGAAAUCGUCGAGUACGAUAUCUCCACCGACAAAACCACCGAACAGAAACUUCUAGACCACGUGAAAAGCUGCGUAAUGCUUCACCACCGGCUGAUCGACUUCAAGGACCAACUGAACGAGAGCUACGGGUACAUCAUACUGCUGGAGCUCAUGUUCAGCACGCUCUACUUCUGCCUGUCGGCGUUUAACAUGAUAUUCGUGGGCAACAAGUUUGUUAUAGCCAAAGGCCUGUUGACGCUCUCCAACUACCUGGCCGAGCUGUUCAUAUUCUGCAUGUUCGGUAGCAUGGUCGAGGACGCACACGUGGGUUUACUUAGGGCAUCGUACUCGGCGGAGUGGUACACGCAGUCCGUGCGUUUCCGCCGGUCACUGAUGAUGAUCAUGUCCAGGACGCAAACGUCGUUACAGUUAACCAUCGGCAAGGUGUUCAUAGCAAAUUUGCCACUAUUCUUGUCCGUGCUCAAGGUCUCCUAUUCAGGCGUCAACGCGCUCAGGGCGGCAAACGCCAAGUAG